AUGACCAGAAAAAACGCAGCUGUUGAAGGCGAUCCCGAUUGCACUGAAGUUCUUGAAGACGACUCACGUAGCAUCAUCUUGGACAUUAUUGCCCAGCUUCGUAAAGGAAAAGACCUACAUCGAGUGGCGCUUCCUACUUUUGUACUCGAACCUCGUAGUAUGCUAGAGCGCAUCACUGAUUUCAUGAGUCAUCCCGAUUUGAUUCAAGCUGCCAAUGCAUAUACGGAUCCUUUAGAUCGAUUUAUUGGGGUGGUGCAAUACUUUCUUUCCGGAUGGCACAUCAAACCCAAGGGUGUCAAGAAACCCUAUAAUCCUGUUCUUGGCGAGUUUUUUCGAUGUCAGUGGAACUAUGACAAUGGUACCAAAGCGAUCUAUAUUGCGGAGCAAGUAUCACAUCACCCACCCAUGAGCGCCUAUUACUAUGCAAGCCCCGACAAUGGUCUUGUGAUCCAGGGUAACCUAAGGCCCAAACCAAAGUUCCUGGGUAACAGUGCUGCAACCAUUAUGGAUGGCACGUCCCACAUUACCCUUACACGAUGGAACAAUGAAACCUACCAUGUCACCAUGCCUAAUGUCUAUGCAAGAGGUAUUUUAUUUGGGAAAAUGGUGAUGGAAUUGGGGGAUUCAUGCACGGUGCGUUGCCCGACCAAUGGAUACAUUUGUGAACUCGACUUUAAAACAAAGGGAUUCUUUACGGGAAGCUAUAAUGCAGUGAUUGGCAAGAUCAAGCACGAACCUACCGGCAAGGUAUUGCGUGAGAUCUCGGGGACCUGGUCAAACGAAAUGUUUAUCUCGAAGCCUAAGACAUCACAAAAGACGAGCCUUUUUGAUGUCAAGUCAUCAAAGAUUCUCCCGCCUCUUAUUCAACCUGAAUCCCAGCAAGAAUUGAAUGAGUCGAGAAGAUUAUGGUCCAAAGUAACGCUUGGUAUCAAGCAAAAUGAUAUGGAUCUAGCAACCGAUGCAAAGCUAGCAGUAGAAGAACGACAGCGUGCCGAUACCCGUCAACGUGAAGAUAGAGGAUUAGUAUUUGAACCACGCUUUUUUGCCUUGGAUGAAAAGGACGGGGAAUACAAGAUUAAGCUUCAAGGUGAUACUUUGGAACAUCUUGAGACAUUUGUAUUUCCGCUGAGCCAUGACACGUCCAAGUCACCCGACGAAGUCCUUCCAGAUAUUCCAUCUAGCACCAUCGUAUCAGCUUGA